AGUCACCCCAAGUGUAUAAAAUCAAGGCCAGGCAGUCGGAGCCACUCCGAGCGGAGGCACGAGGCACCGGGACUUUUGGACAGGCACCUCGGAGAAGGAUGUUGUCACCCUUGCUCAUCCUCCCUCUGCUGGUGGGGACCACGGCAUAUGGCCCAGUGAGCAGAGCAGCAUCCAGGGAUGUCACCACCUUUUUCCAGCUGGCUCAGGAAGACCCUUGGGAGAAUGUUAAUCUCACCAGCAUGACCUGUGAGCAUCGGAAGAACAGGACCUGGAUCACCCUGCAGCUGACCAACAGCAGCCUGACAGCUUUCCCCAUCUGCCUUCCAGAGGCCCUGGAGACCUUGGAUCUCAGCAACAACCUCUUGGAAGAGGUGAAUGGCACAGAGAUAGCAAACCUCCCACAGCUGCGUGUCCUCUCACUGAGGCACAACCACCUCUGGUCAGUGAGGUGGGGAUCUGAAGUCCUCAGCAGUCUCCUCAUGCUGGACUUGAGCUUUAAUAAACUGUCAUCUGUGCCACCCUGCCACGGCUCUGCCCUGCCUAACCUGAAGUGGCUGUCCUUGGCUGGAAAUCCACUGAUUGAAAUCCAGCCACUGGCUUUUUCCUGCUACCCUCAGCUGCAGGUCUUGAACCUCUCUGCAACGCUGCUCGGGCAGGAUAACAGCAGAGGAAUUAAAGAGUCUGCUUUUGCCAUCAGCACAGAUCCCAACGAGGCCAUGAACAGGCCUGGAAACUCCAUCAAUGUGCUUGAUCUGAGCGGGACCUUUCUUGAGAAAAUUCAACCAGAGUGGGCCAGAGACUUGCCCAACCUCAGAUCACUUCACUUGACAAAGAUGCCACGUUUAAGAAGCCUCAAUAGCAACUUCUUCAAGUCUCUGCCUGGUCUCCGAGAGCUGCACUGUCAGGACUCCCAUUCCCUGGGUUUCGUACAGACAGAGAUGUUUGACAGUGCUCCUCAUCUGAGCCAUCUCUCACUUGAGAACUGUAACCUGAGUUCCUUUAAUCCUUGGAACAUCAAUUCAUCGGAUGGCAUCACCAUCAGCUUGUACGGGAAUCCUCUGCUGUGCAACUGCCAGCUCUCCUGGCUGCUGUCCAAGCCCGAGAAAGUUGUUCUGCAAAAGGCUUGGGAGACUUUUUGCACAUCCCAAGAAGAUUCGGGCAGACCUUCAACAUCUUUUUCACUGCUGGAGCUCUAUGAUAGAUGCCAGUCUGAGAGCAAUGUUACACUGCCGGAUUCAAACACGGCCUCUCUUGAUCACGAUGCUUUCAACUUCACCAGUGGUGAUGCCACUGCUGUAGUAACAACGGACUCAGCGCUGCUGACCAAAGAUUUGACUCACACCAGCUCCGUAAUCCAGGGGGAUGUAUGGAGCACGGCAGCAUCUAACCCAACGCUAACCAAAGACACUUACACCAGCUCUCUAACUAAGAGGGAUGUAUGGAGCACGGCAGCAUCCAACCCAACGCUAACCAAAGACACUUACACCAGCUCCCUAAUCCACAGAAAUGUAAUGAGCACGGCAGCAUCCAACCCAACGGAGCCAAUGCUAACAAAGGCCAACAGUUCCUCCCAUGAGGAGGAGGCAGUUUCUGAAUCCACAAGCAAUCCCCCCUCCUUGGCAUCCGUAACCUCCUUCCCAGUUUUUCUCAAAGAGCUCUUUGCUCAGUCCUCAGAUCACAGCUCCACAAGUCAAACUGGAACAGAACAGCUACAGAGAGGGCUCAGAACAACCGACGCCACCUUUCCCCAGGAAGGGCCAUUCAACCAGACCACCAGUGAUUAUUCCACUGGAGCAACAGCAGUCUCCCGCACCACCAACCAUCACAUUCACUCCUUUGCCACCCAUGCCAUGGAAGGUGCCCCCCGAACGAGUCCCCCACAGCUGAACUCCACAAGGAGCAGCGCCCGGUCAGAGCCCGCACCCACCACACCAUCACCACAUUACGUUGAUGACUACGAUUACGAAGAACAACCAAAGGAAACCCCGGUGCAGCUGGCACACAUUGCCUGUGACUACAAUCCUUGCAGGCACCUGCAGAAGCCGUGCAGUGAACUCCAGAGCGUAUCCCAGUGCUCAUGUCCUGGCACAUCGAGCGAAGAUGAGGUUCCAGACCCACCCAGGCUCAGAGAGGUGAUUGAAAUCACAGACAGCUCUGCACAGAUACGCUGGUGUGCCCCGUAUUCAGUUGUGCACACCUAUGAGCUGAUACUUCAUGCCCAAGACAACGAGGACAGGCAGUUUGUCAUGGACAACAUUUACCCCACGGCCAGGCAGUACACUCUGUAUAACCUGCUGCCAUUCACCACUUACCACAUCUGCGUGACUGCUUCCAACAAAGCAGGGUCGAGCCAGACAACAGGCCAGGAAAUUCCAGGUAAUUCGUGCACCCGAUUUAAAACAAAACCCAGCUACAAGUAUGUUUUUGCUGCUCUGUCUGCAGCAAGUGGACUCUUUCUCAUUACCACAAUUAUUUUGUCUGUAUGUCUGUGUAAGGCAUGUAAAAAACCUCAGAGUGAGCAGUAUGGUACACACUUAGUCUCCUACAAGAACCCAGCAUUUGAUCAUCCCUUAAAACUACAAGCCACUAAUUAGCUCUGGGUUAUUGCUCUACACAUUCAAAGCUCACUGUCUCCAUCACCUUGGUGUGUUUUUGUGAGACUCUGAAAAUGUCCUUCAGCAAAACUAUGAACCAUCAGAUUUCAUGACCCUGAUGUUUCUAAGGGAGAGAAAACAACCAAAAAAAAAAAAAAGAGAAAAACUCACAAUGAAGGUAGUCAACAAGAAAAAAAGUCUUUGGACUCCUGUUCCUGUGCUAAGCAGCAGCAAACCUGGACACUAACCUUGAAAAGUUGUUUUUAUAAUCACCUACAAAUAGAGUAGCAUAAAUUUCACACAGUGAGAGGCUGCCUGGCCAGCUGUCUGCCUCCAUUAUCUCUCAUGAACACAGUCAGAUGAGAGCUGUAAUCCAAGGUGCAUUAAGCUGAGCAAGACACACUCUGUUUUAUUCACAGAGCAAAGCUGGGGGUUCAAGUUUUUUAAAGGUAUUAUCCAUAAAGAGAGUACAGCUGAAAGGAGUGAGUGGGCUCAGUGCACAAGGUGCUGUGUAGCUCCAGCUCCUUUAAGUAACUGCAGUGGAUGCAGAUGAUCAACCUAGCUUCAGUUCAGGAAAAAGAAACAUGAAAUUUAAUUGUAGUCACAGAUUGUGCAGGAUCUGUAGGGCAGGGGUAAUUGCUUUGUUCUGAAUUUUUAUGAUGUUGUUCACAACUGAGCCUCCCAAGUGCUUCCCCAACACCAGCUCACAGGCAGUUGGGAGUGUGCAGUACAGCAGCGACCCACAGAAGUGGGGAGGGGAGCAUAUUAACAUUUGCUUCCCAAUGGAUUUUAAGCAGAGAGGAUGAUCCGUCCCAAUCAUCCAUCCCAUCUACAGAUUUAGCAGCUGAUGAUUUACCUCAUACAGCGGCAGAAAGCCAAGUAGUGAAACAGUUUAAUGUGUGUGCUGCUGAGACUUGAAAAACCCAAAUCCCCUGCACUAGCAGCAGGCAGUUCUGCAGACAUCUUUCAAAUGAACUCUUGGGUGCCAACUUCUGCACAAUAAUAGCAAGAGGUGCUGACAAUCCCAGCUUUGAGCUUGCCAUUAGAAUUUGAAGAGAUGUUUGUGUAAGGGCAGGCGGUUGUCCCGAUCUGGUAUUUCCCCAUAGGUUUUAGUUCCAGGAGCUGCCUGUUCCUGCUGCUGUACUGACACAGUGCAUAAAGCCCCCUGAACUCUGAGGGGAAGGUGCUGUACUGUGUAAAAGACUCUCUGCUCCAUUCUUUUGGGGUUUUUAAUGCUUUCAGUAUUAACAAAAAUAAAAGCUACACAGCUAUGUUCUGGUUUUUUGUUAAAGACAUGGCUCUUGGUGUUGUCUUUACCAUCUACAAUGUUAAGCCUGAGAAAUGAAUUCCUUUUGUUGUUUUGGAAUGAACUUUCAACGUGUAGUAAAUAAAUGUUUUUAUCAUGGUAAAUUUGUGUUCUCUGAUGUCCCAAGAGCUUUCAUUUUGUACGUGGCAGAAGGAGGCAGAUACAGAUUCCUGCCAUGUCUGUCCUGAGCUCCAUGACUCAAACUCACAGUAGAAGUGAAAUGCAAAUGGAGAAGAUAGGAUGGUGUCACCUUUCACUUUGAAAAUCUCUUUUAUUUUUUAUUUUCAUAUUCUGGUAGUUCAGACUUUUCUUCGUUUGGACCUAGGUUUUUAUACUUAUUUCUGGCCUGGUUUUUCCUGCAUUUUCUGGAGGGUUUAGUGAAUGGGUACAGAUGGCCGUCAUUUGAAGCAAGCAAAUGAGCCAAAGACUCGUUAUCCCAAAUUGGGGCAGAGAUCAUAUAUCUCCUUGUGUUUGUACAACAUAGCUCUAGGAGACCUUGACUGGGGUGUUUGGUUUUAACAGAAACAAAGCAAAAUAAGAGAUUGUGAAUAGCAAUUUAUAUUGUCUUAUAUGUUAUAUUGAAGAUUAGCUCUAGAGAAGGACAAAAAAAAGAUACUGCAACUGAAAAUAAAGAUUGUUCCAACUUAA